CGGCUAAUAUUAAUACUGCUAAUGUGGCUGGCAAACAGAGAGCUUUAAAACUAUUUCAGUCAUGCUUGACAGGUGAGGCAUCACGUUGGGUCGAAGACAAACUCAUAGAUAAAAAAUGGCGAUUGAAUCAUGUAAGAUGUAGGAAUGCUUUAGCAAAUAUGGCUGCCGUAGUGGCCUUGAAUAAUGCUAACAUAAUGGCCACCAUGAUCAAUGCACCAGAUACAUCUUCUUCCGGUCAGAAAAAUAUUACUAAGGCUGAUUUACAAGCUGUAGCUAAAUCCUUGCAAGAGACUAUGUCUCGAGUGACUAAAACUCUAGAUAAUAGUAAAAAAUCAGCUGAUAAGAGAGUAGAAAAUACUGCCAUUAUAUGUUUUUUGAGUGACUUACUAAGAAAAAAACUAUAUAUACACCUUGCUGAUGAAAAUAAUCAUGAUCCUGUAGAUGAUAUUUCAGAUAGCUUAGCAGGAUUAACAUUAAAUAGU